UUGCAGUACAUUGGUUAUGCAAACAUUUGGCUGCUGUGCACCUUAUCAAGUUGCUAAGGACCCUUAGCUUGUUUAUGGAGUCAAGCUAUGAAGUGUAAUCGAACAAAUUACGUGCAAAUACUUUUAUUGCAUAGAAACUUGGCAGCUGAUUUCUUCUGUUGAUAACUACAUUCAUUUUUACAGAUUAAGUGGAGUACAGAAUUCUGGCAGCUUAAUUCUGGGUUCCUUAGUUGAAUACGCAAAAAAGAUAUUUUCAGAACCUUUAUAAAACUUAGGAAAGUUAAACAUAUAUUUUUGCAAACAGAAUUUGAAGCAGAAAAAUGAAAUCUACAGAUGCAGUAGUAUUUAAAGGGUAUUCAGGAAACCCAGGUCCAGGAGUUCCCACAGCAGCAAGAAACAACAACACUGACAGUGACAAUGAAGGCGAGAGUGAGUUGUCCAACUUGCAACAUGCAUACAGAAUCCUUCUAAGAAAAAAACAGACAUACGAGAAAGAAACUAAAGAACUCCUUAGGAGGCAGAAGCUAAUGAUUGAAGAUCUAGAGAUGGAAAAGACUGAAAUAUCAAAAAUGCUGAAGGGACAUGACAACAAGCAUUUUGCAGCUGAAGACUUGAAGACACAUGAUGCAUUAAAAUCACUACUGAAAAGGAGAGGCGAACUGGAUGCUUGCAUUGACGAAGAGAAAUUCAAGCUAGAAAAACUUGAAAAUGAGAUAAGAAACCUUAAAAAGAAGCUUGACAAGAAUACACGGCCUGCUGGGUGUAAAGAAGAUCCAAGCAAAAAUGUCAAGAAGCUGACGAGUCAGAUAGCAAUGGCCAACAACAAAUUCAGCACUCUGCUUGUGCAAAAUGCAAGGCUUCGAGAAGAAAUUGAAACCUUGAGAACAGAGAGAGAAACAUUUUUUCAGCUCUGUGGAAGACUUGAAAAGGAGCUUUUGGAGAUGAGAAAGGGUGCUGGACUCCUUUUGGAUGAUGCAACUGAAGCUUUUCAGAUAAGGGAAGAAUCACAAGCAAGAAUUCUCCGACUGAAUGAACAACAAGGAAGAGACAUCGAAAACCAUUAUACGGAACUGAGGGAAAUUCAGCGGGAGAAAAGGCAUGUCAAACAACUGAAAGAGUUUCUAACAGAGAAAACAAAGGAACGGGAACCAGAUAAAUUAUAUCUGAAUGCUCAAAAGAAACAAGAAGCAGCGGAGCAGAAGAGGAAGGCUGAACAAAAAAUAACACUCAACAAGUAUGAAGAAGCCAUAGAAAAGAUUAACAAAAUAGUUGAAAAAAGGACAAAGAAGGACAUUGCGAAGCAACCGCCAGGAAGAAUGAGUGCUAGAUAUGGGAUGGAAGGUAUAGGAGAUGAUGAUCGUAAACGUUUCUGGGAAUUGGCUGGAAGGCGAAAAUCAUUUGCCAUGAGCAAUUAUUUCAAAGAAGCUGUACCUGACAUUGACUCUGAGAGGAAGAUGCGGAGAUCGUCAGACCACAGGAGAAGGUCUGCUAUGCUUCUUACCUCACCAGAAGAGCAGGAGCGACUAAGAGAGCUGCUUAAGAAAGCCUUAGCGCAGGAGACGAUUUCAGAAACUGCACGCUCAGUAGAGUUUGAUGCAGAGCUGUUUUACAAUGUAUUCAUGGAAAGAGAAGACCGGAACUUCGCUCUUUUUAAGUACGUUACAGAGCAGUCCAAUGACAUUGAAAAUUUGCAAGACAACAUUAGACAGCUUAAACUGAAUAUUGAGCAGUUUAAGCAUGACGACUAUACAAUUAACGAAGAACACAGGAAUAUAAGGAAUGAGCUACAAACUCGUCAAAAGGAGAUGGAAGUAUCACUCAGAAAACUAACGGCAGAGAUCACAAAAUCUAAGAAUGCUUUGAGUCAGCUUAAAACAGCUAUUACUGGGUUAGCCAGCAAGGUGGGAGUUGAUACGGAUGAAGUUCAACAGCUGAUGAACUGGACAGACUCAACUACGGGCCAUCAUGUCUUGACGUACCUAGGACUGAUUGAGCAAAGAGCAAAUGAAAUGAUGAAUGCACAUACCUUCCUGAAAUACCAGGAUGCUGAAAGACAUGAAGAAAGAAUGCAGUCUAUUCAGCAACUUUUGGGUAUCUCCGUACCUGCAGAGAUCAUCAUUACAGAUUAUGAUAUUCAGCUCCCAACAGCAAGGUAG